AGCCAGUCAGUUGGCUGGGGCAGCCACCAGUCAGACCCGUCACAGCCCGGCCGCCAGUCACGCUGUGGGCCCGUGAGGGGCAGGUCACCCAAGGGCGAGCUCCACGCACCCUAAGUGGCGGCUCCCGCUGAAGUCCGGGACGGUCUUUGGAAAAGUGACAGCCAAGUGAGGAAGUAGUGACAGUGAUGUGAAAGUUAUACGGCAAGAAUACUUUCUCACACCCAAAUUUACGCUGCAUUAUCUUGCUUCAAAUCCCGGCAUAUCCAAUUUUCCUCCGCCCCCUUCUCUGCCAUUUGUAUCGGACACCGCUCUACAAAAAAACAUGAUUAUUCAUUUCUGUACCGCAUAGUGUUAACUUUCUGACCGGAUAUAAAAAAAUUAGUGGUUUACAAUCUUGCGAAAAAUAACGUCCCUCCAGCCCCGAGGAAAAGCUGCCGUGCCCCGCCACGAGCCUCCCUUGUCGCCGCUGCAUCCACGAAAACAGGACUUCGGCAUGCCAGGCCCCGGCGACCCAGCCAUUCUGCCCCGUAGUGACCUGACCCUCCACCACGCCCCGCCAGCCAAGCCCAGCCGCCCGCACACCGCCACGUGUCCGCUCCUGAAGGAGGAGCUUCAGAGCUUCGUCAACACUCUCGGGCGGUCAAAAACACUACAUGAGGCCAAGGACAGCUCGCCCACUAUGUCCCAGAGACAACGCACCACGCCCAGGUCUCGGGACACCUGGCACGGCUGGUCCCCAAACUUUAGGUUCGGCUCAACCAGAUCCACAGACUCAAGCUUCAGUCACACCAGAGCCCCAAACACCAGGUUCAGCUCUACUCGAUCCCAGGACUCCAGAUUCAGGUCUCCCAGAUCUCAGGACUUCCGGUUCAGCUCUACCAGGUCUCACGAUGAACGGAACUACCCCAUCAGGUCCCCAGCAUCACGACAUUCCUCGGUCAGAUCACGCUCCUCGCUGCGCUCCGUGGCGUCAAGAGCGUCAUCAACACUCCAUCGUUCGCUUCGCCGAACUGGACCCGUGUACCGGGUGGCCAGUUACCGUGCCAGGGCGGCCAGGGAGUGGGCCGGCGCUCUGACACAGCGGGUGACUGGCAGGGGCGGGACGCUACUUCUGACACCUGCCCGCGAUCGCCGUCAGCCCGUGGUGGUGGCAACAUGCGGCAGCCCAGCCCCCGGGCCAGCCAGGAAUAGCCCUCGGGUUCAGGCGACCCGCAGGGCGACGUCUGCGGCCCGCACCAUACACUGGGAGGUCGCCAGUGGGUUGGCGGCCUUGUUUGAGUGCGGAGCGACCGCUGGUAGUGCAGCGGCUUCGGGUGUCGGGCGGGCGUGCACCGCUGCCGCAGCCAUGGCCGAUGGCAGGCUGCAGCAGGUGCGCCGGUCCAUCAGCUCUUGGAGUCUGUCCACCGUCAAGAAGCCAAAGAUCACCAUCCCCAAACUCAAAGCUCCAAAACUCAAGGUGUUCCGCGGCGGCAAGAAAAACAGAGUCGACCCGAAGGAUGAGGCAGCAGCUUUGGAGGAGGUGAAGGCGGCGCUGCUAAAGGCAGAGGGCGAUGGGGGGUGCCAGAGCGGAGGGGCGGCGUCCGAAGAGACAAGCAGUGAGGUGAUCCAUGUGCCCUCUGCCGGGGGACCUCAGGAGGGCCAGCCAACGAUAGUCCUCACUGUUCAUGAACACAAAAACCCAUCCGAGCCCCCCUCUCCGCCUCCCAGCCCCGGACUGCUGUCGGUGAAAGAUGACCUCGAGUUUAUUGACAGCGACGAAUCGGACACAGACGCAGGGGUCGUCGAGGCCGUGCAUCCGGAGCUAGAUUACAGCGACCAGUGGUUCGACGCCUGCGGAACUCUCACUCGUUCUAAGGAAAACGUCGUUGAAGCUUUCAAUGACCCUGACGACGGCCAAGAAAGCAAAUACUAUGACUUUGUGGAUAAUACUGUUCCGAAACAGAAGGAGUCGGGGACACCGCCGAAAGACAAGCCGAAGGGAGGGUCACAAAAGGCUCGGGAGUGGGUAAAAAGUUUUGACGAAAAGGCUGAGUCAAGAAUACAAAAAUGGUUGAAAUCAAAGAAGUUUAUGACAUCUUCAAACCUUCCCAAAAGUAAAUCAGAAAUUCGCCUUGAUGAACUGAACGAUCCUCCCGACAAAUGGUGCAAGAGAGACGAAAUCAAAUUGAACACACUGAGCAGAGAUGACUCGCAAGCCGGUUUUUCGCAUAACACUAAUAAGAAAGUGGAGGUAAAGGAACAGAAGAAGGAAUCCGAAAAGGAAAAAUCGACACGUAAGGAGACUUUCAAAAAAAUCUUCCAGGUGAGAGGAAAGCUUUCUAUCAAGCCAAUUGUAGACGCACAGAGGACAACCGACAAAGAUACAGACAUACACCUCGCCGCCGCUCCCUACGCCCUGGCCACGUCUGCAGGUGCGCCAGGAAUCAGUGAAUCGCCUGACAUCUCUCAGGAGAACGGUAACUAUAAAGAUGAUGGCUCCGCGGUUAUCAGCCACCAGCAACAUGAAACUUCUCAAGCGCCGUCAACGUCUUCGUCAGUUGAAAAACAUGAAGUCUCGGAGGCGACACAAAAGACUGAGGCCUCGGAAGUCCCAGAUUUGUCUAGCAAUUCUCAAGAUGUGAAUUACAACCAACUUAUAAAAGAAGAUGUACUGAAGGAGACCACUCAGAACGAAAAGGGCCCCCCACCUCCACCUCAGUCACGGGAGAGUAGCAAGGCAAACACUAUUAGCAAUGCUCCAGAAACCCAGGUCAAGUCUGAGAAAAAGAUUAAUGAUAACAAUGUGACUUCCCUUUCUCAAUCAAAUGAGGCUCCUGUUGAAAACAGCAUAACAAACACCGCAUGUAUGACUGCUGUAAGCCAGGACAAACCUACCAGAGAAAUUAAUGACCCCGAAAUGAACAGAGAGAAUUCUCCCGUGACAGACAGCAGAGACGCAGAUAAUGAUGACUCACAAAUGAAGGCUGAUCUACAAAAACCUGAAACUGAAAGGGUAAUGAAUUCUUGUUCACUUCCACAAGAAACUGUGGAGCGCGGCGAGCCUGAGAAGGGAGAGAAGCAGCCUUCCCUUACUCAGGGGCCGAUUGAGGAAGAUGUGGCAGCCGAGUCACUAAAGGUAGAAGCUAAAGAUACAAAGAGGAGCAAAAUUUCAGGAGCCAACUUUCCAAAGUCCAUUAAGAAUUUUGCUGGGUCAGUUUUCUCUCACCAGACCGGACUGAGAGGUAAACAGGAAGCAAAGGAAGAGAACAACGAUGAUAAAAAGAAAAAGAAAGGGAAAAGUAGUCCAUUCAAGAAGGAUAAUCUUUUCAAAGUUUCAAUCAAAGAUAAAUUAGAAGCUGUAAAAGAAAGAGGAAAAACGCCUCCUGAUGUUAAGAAGGAAGUCGAUAACAUGACUGAGGAUGAAAAGCUCCCUAGCGAAAAAAAUCUGAACCCAUUUGAAGAUGAUGACGGCAAUCCUCUCGCCGAUGAGGCUCCAAACUUUUCUGAGGGCGGCGUAAGCUCAACAGGAGCUGAUAAGGAAUCUGAAGUCCAUGUCGAGAACUCAGCUCCCAGUAAGACAAAGCAAGAACCUCCACAGACUUCUUCAAAUGGAAUCCCGCCACCAAACAAGAGCCCCAGCGCCUCACCAGUCAGCCUGGAAUUCGUGUCUCAGGUCGAUUCAGAUGAAAUGAAAACCGUCUCCCACGAGUCAUCUCCUGGAAUGGACACUUCGUUCGUGGAAGAGGAUGGCCUGAGGCUGCGAAAGGACGCGUUGCUCGCUAUCAAGGCCAUGGAUGUCGACGACACAACCACCAACUACUACAGCUUCCUCAGUGCUUCGGAGGAAUUCGAGACCCCGAUGGUAGAAGAGAAAGAUUUACAAGCUACGGUUUCUGCCAAGAUGUUGCCCAACGUUACUGCCGCAACAAAUGCCUCUGAAACACAACCUGAGGUAACAAAGACUCAUGAAGUCCAUAAUGAUGGUGACAGGACGAGAGAAAAGGAUAGACAGGAGACAGAGCCUCAAAUCACUGAAUCAUCACUCAGCAAAGGUGGUUCGGAUGUAAAUACACCAAGGAUAAACAAAACUAAUGGUGAAGAAAAUCUGCAGAACGCUGUACAUGAACUAAACAACAAAAAUAUGGAACAAAUAAACUCACAACUAGUGAUGAAUGGCCCCUCGAGCACGCCUCGUGAAGUCACGCCGCAGCAUGAAGCACCUCAGCACAUCGGCGUGGCAGCACAGCCUCCCGAGAAGACACCCUCCGAAGAGGUUCCGCAGCUCAGACUAGGUCCCUCCCCCUACACAGAGAAUCAAGACCCUCCAAAGCCAAGUCCUAGAACCAAGAAGGGUCGCUACGGUUAUUCCACCGUUGGUGGUUGUGUCGCUCCUCCUGGAACACCGCGGGGCACGACACCGUCCACCCGAGAGCCGUCUGUCAGCGAUAAUUCUGUAAACGGUCAAAGGAACUCACCGAUAAAAUCCGCCGACAUGAUGACUACCUACGAUGGAAAGAGUCUCACCCCCAAUAAAGCUGCUAAUAAACUGGAGAGGACGCCGUCAGAUUCAGGUUACGCGGGGCCCGGCAGCAAUUACUCUGGCGGCUCCGAAGUUGAACCCAUUUAUUGGGAGAUCAGCGAGCCACGAGACGGGCCACCUAAACCAAGUCCACGCACUAAAAAGACUCAAAAAAAUCAAUAUGAAGCAAAUUUCAACCAAAGCAAAGUUGCUCGUCAACCGUCACCGAAACACACCGCCAAGGAAGAACCAGAAACAAAGCCCCUCCCUGAGUGGAUCAACACCCGCGCGCCCAUCCCCAGCCCCCGGGGCAAGAAACAGCGCUCCCUUCAGUCACUGCCGUCGGUCGUACCCGCCGAUGACACCAUGGAGUCAGUGAAAAAAAAACUUCAAAUGCUGUCCCACGAGCCCCUCCCAGACGUCACGCUUACGCAGCAAAUGCCCAUCAUGACGAAGAAGCAGGAGGAGCAGUUCUAUAGCGGCAAAGCUGCCUCUAUAUCCUACGGGUUCACGCCCGCCAGGGUCCCCCAACCAUCACCACCGCUCAGAGUAAGAAAAGCUUCCCAAAUGUCCCUUCCGGCGGCCAUGGCGGCAGAAGAGGCCCAAAGUAGGCAACAAAAGCGAAGGUCCCUCUACGUGAGUCCUGAUGGCGAGGUGGUGCCCCAGCCCCCGUCCCCCAGGCGGGCCAGGCGGCGCGCAGGCCACACCCAGAACAGAAAGCUCAGCAACAUUAAGUCGGCCGUCAAGCGGGUGGGGGAGCCGGUGGUGAGCCUCACUGACCUGCUGGCUGCCGUGGGCCUGCAGGAGGAGGCCACCAAGCAGAAGACGGAGGAGCUGCUGACGGACGUGCUGUAUUCAGUGCACUCCCUGAUGGGCGGCACGGUGACGGGCGUGUGGAAGGUGGGCGGAGAGAGUGACCUCGGCGGCCCGUCCACACGCGGCGAGGUGCACAUGGAGCAGGUGGUGCAGCUGCUGCAGGCGGCCUUUCAGGUCAGCCAGGAGACGAUAGACCGACUCCGCGCUGACGUGCGGAGCAGACCGCCACCGGAAGUCAACCUUCAGCUGAGCAUAAAGGAGGCCAAAGACCUACGCCCAAAGACCGUCAAAGGAACGACCAACCCGUACGUGAUAGUGAUAGUGCCCAGCGGCAACGCCUCCCACAGGACCAGGCUCGAGAAAGACACACUCUGGCCAAAAUGGAAUCAAGACUUUACUUUACCCAUAUCCAAUUUCCAAAAGGAGUAUCUGCGGCUGGAGGUUUGGCACGAGCACGACCCCGUCAAGAUGCGGCACGCGCUGACGGCGGUGCGGGACAUCAAGGGCAUGAGCCGCCUGGUCCGGGGCACCACCGCUCAGGUGCAACAGCAGACAUCACAUCUGCUCGGCCAAGUCGUCGUCAAUGUUAAGGACCUGAGUGAACGAGGGGCUGACGGAUGGUUCAUGCUGGAAAAGAACGAAGAACGCUCCAAGGAGCGCGGGAGCAUCCACCUCGCAGGCACCGUUACUUCGAAGGCUCCACUGGAGAACAAAAGUCGUCAGUCGUACGACGCCCUGCUGGCCCGCCUCGUGCACCACCAGCUCACCGCGACCAACAACAACAACGAGGACAGCGAAUGGUUGAGGCCUUGGGACGGCCACCUAAGUGGUCCGGGAGCAGCGUCCUUGGCACAAUACGCCAUCAUGCUUGACCUAAGCGACGCCGCCAUCCAGCUGGCGUGGUGGAAAGUGUGCAGCCCUGUUCCCAGGGCAGAUGGUGAAUGGAUUUUCUCCCGGCUGCGGAGUGUCCAGGCGGCGAUGUCCAAGAAUCUGUACCAGGAAGAGGAGAUGCUCGAGCUGCGACUCUCCUUCGCCAGGUUCGUGCAUGAUCACAAAGAGCGGCUCAAGGAUCUGCACAAAGCCUUCCCGCCCUCUUCAGGCAUCAUUGCCAGGCGACAACUCUCGUUCACACUCAAAACUUUCCAGUGCAUGCAGAACCACGCAGGCACCAGGGCGUUGCUGGACAUGGAGGGCCUCCCACACCUGCAUGAGAUGGUCACCUCCUGCCUGGCCACGCACGCUAAAAACUGGUGGACGGAGGCCAUCGACGAGCUGCGGGACGUGCGGACCACCGACGAGCAGAUCUCCCACGUGAUCAACAUCCUCAAGAAGACCCAUACCUUCCUCUCCAUCGCUGCCAACACCUACAAUGCCAUCUUCAUGAAGGAGAUGAACAUUCCCUACAUGCAGACCACCUACUUGAUGGUGAGUAAAAAGAUGAACCCGUGCGUCAGGCCACUAGUCAUGAACAUCUACAAUCGUUUGCCAGCACGAGGCAACCACGAUGAGGAGGAGACGGAGGAGUGCGAGUACAGCUUGGGAGUGGGCACCUCUCUCUGGGAACUCUACAUGAACCUCGGCCGCCUCCACCAGUUGGGCGAAACCCUGCCGGAUGAGGCCCGCGCUGAGUCUGGAGUGAGGGAGUACCACCGCUGGUUCUCGCGGGGCGUCCUGCGGUGGCUGGAGUUGGCCCUCUGCCGGGCUCGAAGCAUGAUCAAAAGAGCCGUGGAGCUAGACACACUGGAGCCCCAAGAUAACUACUGUAAAUUCAGUUCCUCGGCCUCUGACACACUCGGUGUCUUCAAUGAGGUCAAGAUCUGGUGGCAGAAGCUGGCCUGGCCUGAUCCCGAGAACAGCGCCGUGGUGCUCACCAAGAUCCUGGAAGACAUCUGUUCCUGUGUGAUCUCUUACUCCAAUCUUAUUCAGGCGAAGGUAGAGGGGAUCUUCAAAGAGCAGGAGAAUAUAACGCGCGUCUUUAUCACCGAGCAGAUCUGCGUCGGUUUGAACAACAUCGAGCGGGUGAGGAUGGAAAUGGUUAACCUGCCAACCCAGUUCGGCUUCCAAGAACUGCUCCUGAAAAUCCGGGCGGUAGGCAGCGGUGACUCUGCCGCCGCCCAGCUUGAGGCCACCGUGGACAGACUCAUCGUCAACGCCGUGGAGAACAUGGAGGGGAAAGUCAACGAGUUCAUCAACACUGUGUUGGAAAAGAUGAAACCGACACUGGAGCGGGCGGUGAACGAGGCGUGUGAGGCGCAGAGCAGCCGACCGCUCCUGGCCCAGGUGCUGGACCCCUCGCUGGAGCUCACCCUCGACCGAUUCAACGCCUCCAACUUCAACCGGUUCCUGUGGCGUGUGUGGGAGGUGGUCGUGGAGAUCUUCGACGCCACCGUCGUGAGGAACAGAGAGCGAAGAAAAGCCAACUACUUCGGAGGUGUGCACAGCAUCCUAGAGGCCACACUGAACUUCAUCUCCCCGCCUGACGGUAAAGGCCUCGACGAGAAGACAGCCAUGACGCCUGCCUACACGUCCCUGAUGGAGCUGCUGGAGUGUCUCAGGAUGUCAACAGAGUCCCUCAUUGCUCAGUACUACCAGGAGCGCUACGAUGAGCAGAUGGAGGAAAUCCUACCAUGCAAGGCUCGGCUCUACGUCAGGGUCCUGUUCACGAAUUCCGGGAAGCUGAUCGUGGAGGUGAUCAUGGCGAAAGACAUGGUGGUGGAGAGUGACACCAGCAGCAUCACCUCUCGCGGGGGGGGUCUUGGCGCCACCGCCCACCAGCCCGUCGACUCUUACGUGAAGGUUCAGCUGGUUCCGCAAGAGUGGUUCCCGGCCGCCCCCAUCCGCAAGACAAAGACGCAGCGCAAACAAGACCCAGCCGUUUAUGAGGAGACCUUCGAGUAUGAACUGAGCAAGAAGGAUGACGGGGUGCGCGCAGGCUUCCUCCUCCUCACCCUGAAGGACUACAACCUAGGCUUCACCAACACGUUCAUCGGGGAGGCGGUGGUGCCGUUCUCCUCGCUCCAGUGUGUCGACUCCUCCCAGGUGCACACCGUCCCCAACACCUGCUUCACCAUGACCUCCCCAGGCCUCGACAUCGGAUACAAGUCCCUGCGAGCGCUUCAAUUCAGAACCGGGGACAAAGUGGCCUCUUCAUUCAUCAAGAAAGUAUCGAAGAGACUGAUUGAGCCAAAAGCAAAGACGAGCACGCCGUUGCGGCCCGAUGAGGACAAGGCCAGGUCCAAGAGCCUAACCUGA